UCACUGCCUCAACAAAAUGAAGCAAGCAAGAGCCUCCUUUUAACCUUCUACGAGAAGGAAUGCAUGGUCAAUUCAUAUUAGUGUGUGCUUUAUCCGCCACUAAACAAUUUUCGACAUAAGGCCACAUGCUUUCUGUCACAAAUCAUAUACUGGUGGUGUGGAAGAAAGAGGACCCCUGCACUUUCUAGGAAGGUUCACACAACUGAUGUCGUGCCCUGGUCCUAAAGCAGAUUGUGCCAUGGAUCAUGUGCUGAACAUCGCUGAUCAUUACUUCUUCACUCCAUACGUUUACCCGGCCUUGUGGCCUGAGGAUGAAGCUCUGCGCCAGAUUAUCAGCCUGUGGGUGGUGACCAAUCUGGGAGCACAGCUGAUUUACCUGGGCUUUGGUGCUCUUAACUUCUACUACGUGUUUGACCAUAAGCUCAUGAAACAUCCACAGUUUAUUAAGAACCAGGUAAGAAAAGAGAUACAACUAGGAACUGUCUCUAUCUUCUGGAUGAGCUUUCCCACAGUAGCCCUUUUCUUCUGGGAGGUCAGGGGACACAGCAAACUUUACGACAACAUCAACAAAUCUUCCCUAGGCUGGCCGGGAGUGUUCCAGAGCAUUGCUGGAUUUUUGUUCUUUACUGACAUGUGCAUCUACUGGAUACACCGGGGCAUGCACCAUAAGAGCAUUUACAAGCACUUACAUAAGCAGCAUCACAUAUUCAAGAUCCCUACACCAUUUGCCAGCCAUGCCUUCCACCCACUUGACGGCUUCCUGCAGAGCUUACCCUACCACGUCUACCCAUUCAUCUUCCCCCUUCACAAGGUGGUCUACCUCUCACUCUUUGUCUUUGUCAACAUCUGGACCAUUUCCAUACAUGAUGGAGACUACCGUAUACCCAGCCCUCUGAUAUAUCUGAUCAACGGUGCUGCUCACCACGUAGACCAUCACCUCUACUUCAACUACAACUAUGGACAGUACUUCACACUCUGGGAUCGCCUGGGGGGCUCCUACCGACAGCCCUCAGUUCUUCUGGGGAAGGGGUUACAUGACCAUGUCCGCAAGCUCAUGGCAUAG